AUGUCCGAGAAGCUCCAGGUAGCUGUUGUAGGCAUUGGUCGCAUGGGAAUGCGCCACGCCCGCCAUUUUGCAACCCUCACUCCUCGUGCCGAGCUUGUUGCCGUCUGCUCGCCCGUGCAGGCGGAGUUGGACGCUGCAAAGAAAGAGUUCGGGGUCCGCACCUACACCGACUAUGACCAGAUGCUCCAACAGGAAGAGAAGCUGCAAGCUAUUGUGGUUGCCAGUAUCACGACCGUGCACGCUGAACAGGCUAUCAAGGCUAUCGAGCGUGGACUUCACGUUCUCUGCGAGAAACCUAUUAGUACAAGUAUUGAGAUUUCCCAAUCCGUCGUUGACGCCUACAAAACCUCCAUCAAGAAGUAUCCCAACCAGAAAGUCAUCUGCGGCUUCUCGCGUCGCUUCGAUGCAUCCUACCGCGAUGCACACAAGCGCACGGCGGCAGGUGACAUAGGUACACCUUCUGUGUUCCGAUCUCAGACCUGCGACAAGCUCGAUCCGAGUGGAUUUUUCGUUGCGUACGCCGAGUUCUCGGGUGGAAUCUUCGUUGACUGCUCUAUUCACGAUAUCGACCUUGCAUUGUGGUUCUUUGGGGAUAAUAGCAAGGUUAAGAGCGUUGCUGCUAUUGGUAUCACUGCUGUGCAAUCUGACUUGCGGAAACAUAAUGAUCGGGAUAAUGCUUUGGGCAUUAUUGAGUUCUAUGGAGGCAAAAUCGCCCAACUUUACUGCUCUCGCAUGAUGGCUGCCGGCCAAGAAGACUGCACCGAAAUCUUCGGUACAAAUGGCAAGAUUGCUGUCAAUACCCAGCCUCAGUUAAACCUGGUAAACCUGUACGAGCCGACCGGUGUCCGACGUGAGAUCCCUGCAGACUACUACGGUCGAUUCCGAGAGGCGUUUAUCACAGAGGCGAAUGAGUUCACGGCUUCUUGCUUAGACAACACUGCGCCGCCGCUGGAAUUGGAUUCAGCUGUCAGGGCUGUUAGAAUUGGAUGUGCGUUGCAGGAGGCGCUGAUUACUGGCAAGAAGAUCGAGUUUGAGGAGAGUGGAAAACGGAUUGAAGCUGCCAAACUGUAG